AGGCCUCGGUCAUUUUAACUUUCCUGCUAAAUGAAACUGAAGCUGCUGCACAAAGAUCCGACAACAAACAGGUUUUAGUUUAAUGCAGUCGGUUUAAAGUUAAAUCUCAUUUCAUAUUUUUUCUGUUUCUGUAUUUUCUCCGUUUCUGAGUGUAAAAACAGGUUGUAAUGUUUUGCUCCUGAUCCUCAGCUUGUUUACCUGCAGCAGUCACUCACCUGCGGAGACAAAGACAGGAGGUCUGGCAGAGAGCAGAGAGAGUCCGCAGAGCAACCAGGUGAUAAAUGUGGGUUGAACAGAACAUCAGCACAGGAAGAGGGCGGGCUCAGACUUCACUUAGUUUCUAAAAAAACGUCAAACUGCUCAAUGAGUCAGAGCUGCAAUGACGGAAACAUCGUUUCACUGUCUGACCUUCUUGACCUACUUGCAGGUUUGUCCAACCAUUCAAGCUGCUCUGACUGUGAGUCCCAGCAGAUCUCAGUUCUUUAGAGGAGAAUCAGUGACUCUGAUCUGUGAGGAUGAAAACAGACCUGAUGGAUGGACUGUGAGGAGAAACACGACCAGAGGAACCAGGAACCGAUGUGGAGAAGGAUGGGGGAAAUUAAAUGGUUCUACCUGUAACAUGAACUACCUCCUCCCAGAGGAUACUGGUCUGUACUGGUGUGAGUCCAUGUCUGGAUCCUCCAGCAGCAGCAGCAGCAUCCAGCUCUCUGUCUCUGAGGAACCCUCCAUCCCUUCUACCCAAACUCCCCUUGCUGCCCAGGCCUCCUCCUCUCUUCUUCUCUACGUGUUGUUGCCUCUUGCGUCUCUGUUUGUUCUGAUUAUCUUCGUUUUUCUGGGACGGCGUUUUUGCAACAAGUCAAGAGAUCAGAAAGAACUGAUGAGCGACGGCAGCGAGACCUGCGACCACGUCACAACAUCCGGUCAUCAUGAGGAGAACCAGAGGAGAAAAGGUUCUGAUGGAACCAGACAGAGAUUCAGCUGCAGUCGACUCAACAGUGAGACAACAAGACAGCAGUUAUGGAGAAAUAUUCAUCAAACAUAUGCAGCACAAGUCAGACACAACAGAGAGCGACUCAGCUGUGAUUUAUUCAGCUGUCAGAACAGAACAAUAAUCAGAGAAAACAGAAACAGAGCCACAUCAUCUCCUCCUCACUGAGAAAAUCUGCUGAAGUUCUGCUGCAGAAGUUAGAUUCUUCCUCUUGCCUUCAGCAAGCCGUAGAUCUCAGGAGCCAAAUCAUCAUCAUCACCUGAAAUGAUGAAGAAGCGUCUGCUGCACGUCUUCCAGCUCACUGACAAACACAGAGACGUUUGUCCUGCUGGCUGGAGGCCUGAGAGACACAAUCAUCCCGACGUGGAGAAGAAGAAGAAGAAGAAGAGCAAAGCAGGAAAUCCCAAGAUCUUCUGUCAGCAGAUUGUUCUUGGUUCUGGAUUGGAGGUUUCCCUGUGAAAGACUACAGAUCUGAUCCACUAGAACAAACUGAUCUGCUUCCUCUUCAGGUUUUAUCCUUCUCUGUUCAGGCUGCAGUUGAUGGAAAACCUCUUAGUUUCACUGAAACUACUUUAGUUUUACUCAUUUUUUUUGUUUUUCAGAAAAGUGAUAUUUUUCCUUUGCUGUCAUUUGCUACCAUCUCUAUUAAAACUGUGGAGAAAAAUAAAAAGUUAAGAUUCUUUAUGAGAAACUGAGAAUGUUUCCAGCUGCAGUACCAGAGUCAGCCAGCAGGGCGCACACCAUGACUCUCCAAUAGUUUCUGUUUGUUUCUGAGCUUUUUGUUAUAAUCUGGCUGAUUGUGGAAGAAUUAAACACAUUAAAUAAAAUAAAGAUAAUAC